AUGGCCACUGCUGCCUCAUCGAACUCAAACUCGAAGUCGGCACAGAUAGACGAUGAAGAAUACGAGGCGUUUGAAGCACGUCACAUAACGCAACUAGCAUCUGCAGCUGUUCCGCAACAUUUCUGGAGGAAGCUUUAUGAAAAGUUGCUGAAUGAAACUUUUGACGCUGGAAAAUUCUUUCAAAUUGUGGCCGAAGAAAGUGAGGACGGCACUCGAACCUAUUCGGUGAUCACNUUGGCUGAUCUGAAGGCUGAUGAUCCGAAUAAUAUAUUUUUGAUCGAUCAUGCGUGGACAUUCCGGCCACAAGUGGCUCGUGAGCAACUUCGUGUUAUACCCGGUCUGUUGGACCGAAUCUGCGCUGUUUUUGACAUUGAGCAUCGCGAAGAGGCGGAAAACUUCUCAGAUUAUGGAAGCGAAACAGAGGCGACACCGGAACAGCCACAUGACAGCGGAACGAAACAUCCGGAAAAUGGCGAUACUGGCGCGGAACACGGCGCGGCGGCCUCCGGAGAGGAAGCAGCUGGAGGAUCGCGUCCUCAGCUUAGACCAAAUUCAAGUUUCGUCGAAAGUAUUCCAGCCUCAGCCUCGUGUGGUAGUAUUCCUGUGGAGACUGAAGAGGAUCGUCGUAUCAACGCUGUUUUACACAAUAUGUGGCAACACAUACAAACUUAUACGAUUCGUUUCACUAACAAGGAACCCGACGAAAGUGACAUGCCACUUUGGUAUAUGCCCGAUGAAUUUGGUGUGCGUAUUGGACAUAGCGCCGAGCCGAAUUUCCGAAUGGUACCAAUGUUCUAUAGUGCACAAGGUUGCGCAUACAGUCUUCUGUUCCCGAUUCGUGAUGUGAAAACUGAUGAAGUGGUAACGCGAGACUAUGUGGAUAAUAUGGUGGUUCGAGAGCAUCCCGAACUACGCACAGUGCUGAUGCAUCCUUGGGAGCUGACUGAUCUUAGCAGCCAAAAACUUGAGCAUGUAAUACUGGAUGAGAAAUUCUUCACGGUUAGUAGUUGUUCGAUUUAA